UGAUUUUUAUUAAAAAAAAUAUUUUAAAAUUAACAAAAGCUUUUAAAAAUAUAGAAAUAUGAGUUUUGUUGAUCGUUCUCUGAACUGUUUUCAAAUACAUUGGAAUGGAUUUUUCUACUUUUUGUCUCCACUGCAUAUAUUACCCUUGUUAUUUUUGAAGCCGGAACUGGAAUGGCGCACAAUAUUUCUUAUCUCUUGGGCAUUUAUUUGGUACUUGGUGGAUGUGGUGCCUGUGGGAGUUACAGGGCUAUUGCCUAUAAUAUUUUAUCCCAUGAUGGGUGUAAUGGGCUCCCAAGAAAUUUGCAUGUCCUAUGCUCGUGACGCUCAAGUGCUUUUUUUAUUGUGUAAUUUUGUAGCUGCCACCAUACAGCAUUGUAAUGUGAACAAGCGUUACGCUUUCUUUAUAAUGUCUGCUUUCAGUUGUGAUCCUAAAAAAUUACUUUUAAUUCUCAUGCUGACUUCCUACGUCUUAACAACAUUUUUACCACCCGCCAUUGUUUGCGCUCUCAUGAUGCCUAUUAUAAGGGCAAUUUUGCAGCUUUUAGAUCAGACAAGUAUUUGCAAAGCUAUUGAUGAAGCUGUGAUACUUAAAGACGACGAAACUCCGUAUCCCUCUAAAGUAGCGAAUGCGUUUUAUAUAGGAGUAGCUUAUGCUAUAAAUAUUGGCAGCAUAACAUCGAGUAUAGCCUCAGAUAGCGGCUUGGCUUUAAGGGAAGUUAUUAAAAAUGAAUCUUCCCUUUCCAAUUUGGAUAACAAUUUCCAUUUGAAAUACAUUUUGAUUUCCUUACCCGUCUCACUUACGCUUCUAAUUUUUACUACACUUUAUUUGGAAUUUAUCUUCUUGGGCUUCAAACGUUCGCUGAGCUCAGCUGCUCAGGCAAUAACCUAUGAAAAAGAGUCGUCCAGGUUAGCUUUAGAGUCUGUUGCGCAAGAAAUUCCGCCUUACAAUACGCAUAUGAUAUUAGCGUCAGUUUUGUACUUUGGUUCAUGUAUUGGUAUAACAGUGGGAUCUUUAGUGGGUCAGGAAAUAAACGAUAAGGUUGUGAAAUUUUCUUUCAAUGCCAUGUUGCUGUGCUUUUUGUACUUCGUUUUACCCAACAACUGUGAUUUCUGCAACUAUUUUCGCUGCUCUAAACCUACUGAGUACAAAACUUCUCCCAGUAUUCUAACCUGGGCAGCGGCCAAUAAACUUACUCCCUGGAAGUACUUUUUUGUUCAUGGCAGUAGUUUAGCCUUUGGUUUGGUAAUGAAGUCUUCAUCUUUGCAUUUGUUCAUAGGCGAUGGUCUAUUGAGAAUGAAGAAUUUGUUGGCUCAGCAACUUGGUUUUAUUGGCUUGACAAUGUUGUUGACGCUAAUGGGUGCAAAUAGUUCUGUGGCCGAUUUAAUGUUAAAGAUGUCCCUUAAGGCUGUAGGUGAUAAUAGCGCGGCUUUACUGCUCUAUCCUAUAGCCUGGUCCUGUUGCUUGACCUUUUUACUGCCAGUUAGUAGUACUGCGAAUUGUUUUGCUGGCGGUUGGGGUAAUUUAAGGGCAAAAGAGAUGAUCUUAGCUGGUAUUGGUCCUACAGUUUUUGGGUUUCUACUGGCUGCAGUUAUGUGCCCCUUAAUGAAUCUUAGCUCAUUGUUUAACUGAGACUUUUAAAUUUUUAUUAUUUAUUUCCUUAACUUUUAUAUACUUUAUCCUUUAUCUUUUUCAUUAUUUUAUCUUUAAUAAAAUUUCACUGUCACAUCCCGUCAACA